GCCAUCAGAGACCCAUUCAUGAAGGAGAAAAUUAUAAAGCCUUAAUGUGGACAUUUUAGGAGAGUCUUGCUUUGGACAAUUUGCUAAUAUCUGUGUAUAGUUUUAUUUUAAUCGUUUUAUCUUGACUUUCGGAGCUUUUAUUAAAAUUUCUCUACCACCAAAGACUAAGGCUGCUGACAGGGAAUUCCCACGUAGCUCAUUGCAGAAUUGCUGCAUUUAAUCGUGACCCGGUUCAUUCUGUGGAUCCCAUGACUUCCCAGCUGAAGAAAUAAAGAUCUACAGUUUGUGAGAAUUCCAGCACACCUAAGAAAGGAAUAAUGCUGCCAGCAUGUCAGCACACUCCAUGCUCUGUGAACGAAUCUCCAUAGCCAAAGAACUGAUCAAGAGAGCAGAAUCACUUUCUAGAUCAAGAAAAGGUGGCAUUGAAGGUUCUGCAAAGCUGUGUAGCAAAUUGAAGGCUGAAUUAAAAUUUUUACAGAAAGUAGAAGCUGGGAAAGUAGCUAUUAAGGAAUCCCAUUUGCAGAGCACUAAUUUAACACACCUAAGAGCCAUAGUGGAAUCAGCAGAAAACCUGGAAGAAGUUGUUAGUGUUCUCCAUGUCUUUGGUUACACAGAUACCUUGGGAGAAAAGCAGACCCUUGUGGUGGAUGUUGUUGCAAAUGGUGGUCAUACAUGGGUAAAAGCCAUUGGCCGAAAGGCUGAAGCUCUGCAUAAUAUUUGGCUGGGAAGGGGCCAAUAUGGUGACAAAAGCAUCAUUGAGCAAGCUGAAGACUUCCUUCAGGCCAGUCACCAGCAGCCGGUGCAAUAUAGCAAUCCUCACAUCAUCUUUGCGUUUUACAACAGUGUCUCCAGCCCCAUGGCAGAGAAGCUAAAAGAAAUGGGCGUAUCUGUGAGGGGAGAUAUAGUAGCAGUUAACUCGCUGUUAAAUCACCCCGAAGAACAGCAACCCAUUAAGAGAGAAUCAGAUGAUGAGGGCCCCGAACUUUUCCAGGUGACCAGAGUAGACCGAGAAAAUAUACUAGCGAGUGUUGCAUUUCCUACAGAGAUUAAAGUUGAUGUGUGCAAAAGAGUAAAUCUGGACAUUACUACUUUAAUCACAUAUGUAUCUGCCCUCAGCUAUGGAGGUUCCCACUUUAUCUUUAAAGAAAAAGUGCUCACAGAACAAGCAGAGCAAGAGAGGAAAGAGCAGAUUCUACCACAGCUUGAGGCAUUUAUGAAGGACAAGGAGCUGUUUGCUUGUGAAUGUGCUGUCAAGGAUUUUCAGUCUAUUCUAGAGACUUUAGGAGGACCUGGGGAGAGAGAAAGGGCCACUAUGCUAAUUAAGCGAAUUACUGUUGUGCCAGACCAGCCUUCUGAGCGGGCCUUAGGACUAGUGGCCAGUUCAAAAAUCAAUAGUCGUUCGUUAACAAUUUUCGGGACAGGAGAUACCCUAAAAGCCAUCACCAUGACUGCCAAUAGUGGUUUUGUCAGAGCUGCCAACAACCAAGGUGUUAAAUUUAGUGUGUUUAUCCAUCAACCCAGAGCACUUACUGAGAGCAAAGAGGCUCUAGCCACCCCCUUACUAAAAGACUACACAACUGACACUGAACGCUGAUGAUAUUUUUUACAUAUCAUCAUGGAUCUCUGGCUGGUGUGGCUCAGUGGACUGAAUGCCAGCCUGCGAACCAAAGGGUUGCUGGUUGGAUUCCCAGUUAGGGCACAUGCCUGGGUUGCCAUCUAGUUCCCCAGUAGGGGGUGCUCAAGAGACAACCACACAUUGAUGUUUCCCUCUCUCCCCAUCUCUAAAAAUAAAUAAAUGAAAUCUUUAGAAAUAUAUAUUAUCCUGGAAAUAAGUUUUUAUACCAGAGACUGGGUCUUCCUAUCUUAAUUGGGAGAAAAAAAUCUAUAGUAAAAAUAAUAACUGAGAGUUCAGAGUUUAUUUGUUUCUCAUCUAUAAAGUAUAUAACUUCCUAAAAUAGAAAAACACAAGAGCUUAUUUAUCAAGCUGUCUACAUUAUAGUACCUAAAAACAGAAGUACAUCUAUGUAAGGCUUUUAGCUGUGUCACAAUGCUUUUAUUUGUUUGAUUCAGUAGAGCUACAACCCCAUCUACUGGUAAUCACAUUUCAUAGGCUAUGGCUGCACAGCAUCUUGCAUUAAAUAUCUGGUGAAAACAAGCUUGUUUUUUAUUAUAUGGGUCUAUCAGUUGAUAAUGGGUUGAAGCUAGGAGAUAAUAGUGUGUAAUUAAUUUUAGAUUCUAAAGUUACAGGCGUUAUCAAUGAAGAGAAACUAAUUGCUAUGUGUCAGGUGCAGUCUGGGUAUGUUUAUGAAGAGUAAUAUAGAAUAAGUGCUUUCUUGUUUUUCUUUUUAAAAGUAAAUUCUGAGCUUGCAAGUCCUAUGGAUCUUUUGAUACACCUUUGUAAAAAGAAAGAUAGCUGACAAUUACACUACUAUAAACUAGGACAUUUAAGGUAAAAUAUUAAUUUGAACAAAUUAAAAGAGAAUUAUGUAAAACAUUGAAAAGGAAUUCAGAUCUUUUAAAUACAAACAGCCCCCAUAUUGCAAAUAUUUGGAUUAUGAAUCCUAUUUUCGCUUUUUCUUAUGUAAGUAGCAAGUGAAAACUGCAUUUAUCUCACUGUUGUGAAAUAGUAGCAGGGAGAUUGCAUACCUGUUGAAUGACACUUUGUAAUUGAGAAGAGAUUUUUAUGUCAAGGUCGUGCUAGGUACUUAAUUUGUAACAAGGUGAACAAAUAGCAUAGAUAUGUAUUCAUGUUUUAAAAAUGGAAAAAUGGAGCCUUAGGGCUUAGACUAUGUGGGAGCUAGUAUUAAAUGAUUUCAUAUCAUUACAGCCUAACCUCUUUCUACUGUGCCAAUUCCUAUUUUGUGAGAAGGGAAACACAAUUUCCAGCCACAGUGUUUGAUUGGACGGUGAAAUGUAAUCAUUAGGGCCCAGGAACAUUCUGAAACAAAAUGCAAAAUUCAGUGUAUGGGGCAUUUCUUUUAGAGAUUCUGUUACUCAGAAUAUAUUUUCUAGAGUAGAAUGCUGUAAUUGGUGUUCCAUUUUAAUGCAAUGAGGUAUACAGGGUCUGGCAGAAGUUAUGCCUAUGUGAGUGUGGUUGAAAGUGUAAUUAUAAAGGAGUAAUAAUUUAUAGUUUUAAUUUGAACAUUUCAGCUAAAAUGUCAUAUGGUGUGCUUGCAUGUGAUACUGUUAUGUUACAGAAUUACAUGCUUACGAUUUUGUAAUAAAAGAUUUUGUAAUGAAAAAGCAUUAUUUGUGACAGAUCCUGUAUUUAACUUACAUUGCAACUAAAAUUGUCCAGUGUUGGACAUUGGACUUGGGCUUUUGGAAGCACCCAUGAAAGUCCUAUUAAGUUCUUAUUACUGUGAGUAUUGAGCAUUAUUAUGAUAGUUUGGUAUGAAAGAUAAUUGAUGUUUGCCAUAAGGAAUUUUUAGUCUAAAAUGGAGGUAGACAGCUGAAGUACAAUUUUAUUAAAAUCUCUAAAUGAAUUAUGUUUAAAAUACUAUGGGAACAUUAAAGUAGUAAUUUUUUGCUAUGGAGUCAGGAAGUCAGGAAAUGACAUUUGAGGAUUCUUAGUGUGAGAUUUCAUAAGAUAUGUACAGGUACUGAGUGAGAUAGGGAAGGUACAGAAGUGAGUGUGAGGGUUUGUUUAAAGCCUAGGCUCCUGUUGACAGUUUAUAAAGAAUGAAACUAGAAAAGUAGAAGUUCUCUCCAGAGUGGCAUUAGAAAGCCAUUGGCAAUUUUUAAGAAGUGAUGGGCCAUGAUCAUAUCUCUUACGAGAACAAUGAAAACCUGUAGUAUGAAAGAUGAAUUAAAGGAAGCAAAGAUGGGACUAUAAUGGCCUUGUCUAAAGAAGUAAGGAUAGAAUGUAAAGUCAUGGGUAUAAGCUGGAUUUGUUCAAGACAGAAUUGACAUAAUGCUAACUUAUUCAUCCAGUACACAUUUUUUAGAGUCAUGUGUCAGACAGUGUGAAGGGCCAAGCUUUUAAAAGAAUAGUAAGAAAAAGGUAUCAAUAAAUAGAUUUCUUUUCCUGUGCACUAUGAAUUGAUACUUGAGGACUUGGGGCAUUGGCCAAUUGGGAUACUUACAGCUAUAGGAAAAAACUGCAUUGUGAAGUGGUCACAGCUCUGGUCCCCCAACAACUGUUGUCUUUUUCCAGACAAUGACUAUAAUUUUAAACAACAAUGCAAAGCAAUAGAUGUGGACAAGUAGGAGGGCACUAUUUUCUGGAAUGUAAAGAAUAGUGUGUACUCUAGAAAUGA